CGGCGUCUCGCGCUCAGUCCGCGGCGGCAGCUGAAGCUGAUGGAGGCGCGAUGGCUCCGUUCCCCGACGAGGUGGAUGUGUUUACCGGGCCUCACUGGCGCAUGAAGCAGCUGGUGGGGCUCUACAGCGAGAAGCUGUCCAACACCAACUUCUCCAACAACAGGGACUUCCGCUCGUUUCUGCAGUCGCUCCUCGCCACGUUUGAGGAGUUCAAGAUGCACGAGCAGAUCGAGAACGAGUGCAUCAUGGAGCUGCUGCAGGAGCGCAGUCAGACCGUGUAUCACGUGCACGCCGACAACAAGCUCUCUGAGAUGCUGUCGCUCUUCCAGAAGGGGCUGCGCAGCGUCAAGAGCGAGUGCGAGCAGCUGAAUUACGCGCAGCAGCUGAAGGAGAGGCUGGAGGCCUUUACCCAGGACUUCCUUCCUCACAUGAAGGAGGAAGAGGAGGUGUAUCAGCCCAUGCUGAUGGAGUACUUCACGUACGAGGAGCUGAAGGCCAUCAAGCAGCAGGUGAUGCUGCAGCACUGCAGUAAUCUCUCGUGGAGCUCCGCCGCAGACCUGCUGAAGGACCUGAACCUCUGGAGCCACGCCGAGGAGCUGCACAAAGCCUUCAAAUACUCUGACCACGAGAAGACCGAGGACGAGCGGGGCACGGUCUCGGUGCUGCCGCAGGAGCUGCUGCUGAGGGUCUUCAGGUUUCUGGGGCCGGAGGAUCUGUGCCGCUGUGGACAGGUGUGCAGCGUCUGGGCUCAGGUGGCCAAGACCGGAUCUCUGUGGGGACACCUGUACCCCGUCCGCUGGGCUAGAGGUGAUUAUUACCGUGGUCCUCCGGGUGAGUCGGGCCAGGAGCCGGAUGAAGAUUGGGUGAAGAGUCUGCAGGACGAGGGACGAGCCUAUCAGGACUGGGACGAGGACGCAGACGUGGAUGAAUCGGAGGAGGCGUCUGAGGAGUCUCCAGCCAUAAGUGCGGUUCAGAGAGAGAAGAGACUGCUCAAUGGGAUGAUCCAGAACCUGCUGCCCGCCGUCGGUCCGUCUGUGCGCUCGCUCAGUCUGGCCUACAGCUCAGCCGUCUCCAGCAAGAUGGUGCGACAGAUCCUCAGUUUGUGCCCAAACCUGACUCACCUGGAUCUCACGCAGACUGACAUCUCCGACUCUGCCUUCGACAGCUGGGCGGAGUUCGGGGCGUGUCGUACUCUAGAGCGGCUAGAUCUCUCGGGAUGCGACAAAAUCACGGACCGCACACUGAAGAUCCUGUCACUGGGAUUGGGCGAUUUAACGACAUCCGGCCCGGAUCACAGAGCCAAGCUGCUGAAAGCCCCGCCCUCUCCCAUCAAUUUCCAGGACGAGUGUUCGCUCCCACCAAUGGGACGCAGUUGCCAGGAUCUCAUUUUCAAGAGGAGACCUGGUGGGCGUGGCUCCGGCUGUGGCCCCGCCCACGUGUGGGUUCUCGACCCGUCCAAAUUUGCUGACAUCGAGGAUGCGGCCGACUGGCGCAAACGAGGGGACGUGUCUGUGCAGGAAAAUGGGCGUGGUGGCAGCUCGUGCUGCUGUAGGAGGAGCCGGAGGCGGAGCUUCAAGACUGGUAUUAGCUCCUCCUACUGGGCCAUCUUCCCCUUCCAAGUGUGGGAGAAAUGUCCCACUAACUUUUUGCUUCAUGAGCUCGAAUGUCAUGAUGCUACUCUUCUGUGUGUUUGUUGCAGGUGUCUGUCUCAGCGAGGAGGACUGCCUCUGCUGCUGCAUCUCAAUCUCUCCGGCUGUCUGCUCAUCACGGGGGCGGGGCUUCAGGAGCUGGUGUCCGCUUGCCCCUCCCUCAACAUCGAGCACUUUUACUACUGCGAUAACAUUAACGGUCCUCAUGCUGACGAGGCCAGCGGGUGUCAGAAUCUGCAGUGUGGCUUCAGGGCUUGCUGUCGAUCCGGAGAGUGACGCUCUUUUCUCUGUAUUCAUCUCUUUACCCCUCUCUCAUCUCUCAUCCAUGUGCACUUUAAUCGGGAAAUUGGUUCGAGAUGCUCUUCGACGCAACUUGCUUUCCCUAAAAUCAAAAACGCUUCAAAUAAAGUGAAAUUCGGCAUUGCAAACCUUCAUCUGAGAGCUAUGUGUAAAUAACUCAACUGUCCACAGGAUUUUCUGACGCUCUUUAAUUGGAAAUUGAGUGCUUUAAGAUGCCAGUUCAGCAUAGUGUGUGUUUUUUGUUUUGAGUAUUUCACCCAGGCACAUAACACCUCCGUCUCUAACUCAAUUCUGACUUUACGGAGUCAUUAGGUUUGAUGUUAAAAUCACCUGCUUUGGUUCCCCUACUCUGGACUAAUAAGGUCGUGAAUAGGAAAAGACUCUAGAUAAGUUAAUAGGCUUGAGUUCACGAGCUCAUUGAGUUGUAGUUUGUCAAACAAUGCAGGUUUCUUUUGGAAACAGCCAGUUUAUAACCAGUGUUCAUAACCUGAUGCGGAGAUGACUGCCAGAUAGUCAGCUGCUAAUAUUCUCUCCAGAGCUUUGAGCGAAACAUCGUCUGUGAUUAAAUAUCUGGCAACCGUGUCAAAGUAGAGAGCUUUCCCCGUAAUUCAAGCUUUGGUUGGUUCAAAAAAGUGGUUUGUGAGCUGUAAUAAGUCCUGGGUAUGUUAUACUCGUUAAUUCUCCACUCAUUCUUCUUGAGUUUUUUUUUGUUUUUUUAGAUGCUGCAUGAUCAUGUUUCUUUUGAGUUCAUUAGCUGACCAUUAAAAGCACCUUGAGACAA